CGGCUGGGCUCGGCUGGGCGCGGAGCGGGCGCGGGGGAAGAUGGAAGGAGCGUCCUUCGGAGCGGGCCGGGCGGGGGGGGCCAUCGACCCCGUGGAUUUCCUGAAACAGCCCCAGACCCUCCUCCGGGUGACCACCUGGAUCUUCUCCAUCGUGGUGUUCGGCUCCAUCGUGAACGAGUGCUACGUGAACAAGGACAGCCAGCACCCCGAGCUGCUCUGCAUCUUCAACGAGAAUGAGAGUGCCUGCAGCUACGGCAUCGCCGUGGGCGUCAUCGCCUUCUUCGGCUGCAUCUUCUUCUUCGUGCUGGAUCUGCACUUCCAGCAGAUCAGCAGCGUCAAGGACCGCAAACGGGCUGUCCUGCUGGACCUGGGCUUCUCAGGUUUCCUGGCCUUCCUGUGGUUUGUAGCCUUUUGUUUCCUGGCAAACCAGUGGCAGAGGACGACGCUGACCAGGGGCUUCUCGCAGGGCGCGGACGCGGCGCGGGCGGCGAUCACCUUCUCCUUCUUCUCCAUCAUCAUCUGGGUGGUGCUGGCCCUGCGGGCGCUGCAGCGGUACCGCCUGGGCACGGACAUGUCCCUGUUCACCACCGAGCAGUUCGGCACCGAGCCCAGCGCCUCCUACCCCGGCUACCCGGGCGGCAGCGGCGUGGAGAGCACGGAGACCUACCAGAGCCCCCCGUUCAGCGAGAGCCUCGAGCCCAACCCCAAAGGUUACCAAGUGCCAGCCUACUGAGGAUGCGGCGGUGCCACCCCCGCCCCGUCCCCGCUGUCCGCAGUCAGUGCCGGGUCCCUUUAUUAGCUCGUUGUGCAGUGAAUUCUGUACAGUGGUAUUGGUUCUUGUCUUACCUGUCCCAGGGUUUCUAAAAGCAGUGUUCCCUCUAAGCCAGGAGGAAGGAAGGAGGGUUGGUGCCGCAUCGCCUGCUCGUGGGGAAAGAGGGAAUUCCCUCUCUGAGCUCUGCUGGGAAAGCCCAGCACGUCUUUUUUUCCUCUUAGAAGGCAGCAGCUGAGGAAUUAUCAAUGAUCUCGUUCUUCCAGAGCUAACACAGAAUCCAUCGAGGGUGGGUGGGUGGCCCUGGCUGCUCCCACUGGGGAGUUUCCAGCCCGGGUUCCACGGGAAGUGCCAAAUUCGCAGGGAAAUCAGCGGUGGCUGUGUUAUUUUUAUUUGUAUAUAUUUGCUGUACAAAACAAACAUCCACACAGGUGUUUCAAACUGGGUUUAGAGGCACAGCAGGCCGGGGUUGGGAUCAGUACCCAGAUUGCUUCUCCACUUCAGCAGGUUCUGGUUGAGGGUUUUUAAAGUUGUUGUUUGAGAUGGAAAGCAGCAGGAGCUGGUUGAUAACUGGGAAUGUGGGAAUGUGGCUCUGUUCCUUCAUGGGGCAUUGGGAAGUUUGUAAAUUUGUAAAAAGGAAUUUUUGGUUGGCAUCCAUGCCUCAGGAGCAAGGUGAGGGGCUCAGACUCGACAUCAAGGCCAUGAAGGAGCAAUAUUGGAUUUGAGUUUUUGUUCUGGGAGCAGCCACCAUCUGCCAGCUGCAGCAGGACCCCGGGGUGGGGACACGUGUGUCACCCUGCAGCCUCCAGGAAUGAGGGGUGCAGGCAGGGAGCUGGAAAGGCUUCACAGGCCAUUAGAGCCCAUCCUGUGUGGGCUCACAGCCCUGGGUUGGGAAAUGAUGUGGGGAGAGAAUCAGUGAAAGCAUCCAGGGAAAAGGCUCAGCUUGGGGGUUCAGCUGCAAAUUAAAAAAAAAAGAGCAGAAUGUGUAAAAUCCAGCAGGUCCUGGCCCGUGUGGCAGCUGACCCAGGCUUGAAUUCCCCCAAAUUUGAAUUCCCAGCCCUGGAGAUUCCUGGUCCUGCCCUGCCCUGUUCGUGCUGGCAAAGCCACCACUGCCUUCGGACCUGCUGAGGAGCAAAAGCCACCGCUGUCCCCUCCUGUCACAGCUCCUGGUGCCCUCACCACAGCUCGUUCCUGCUGCCCAUCAGCGCACCAAUUACCGGGCAGCAGAUAAAUGCACUAAUUAAGCAGCCAAUCAUCCCGAGAGGUCACUGCCAGUGGUGAAGUGCAUCCCUGCCUUGGCUCCAGCUCCUGGCUGUGCCCAGCUCCUCACAGGACACCCCAGAAUCAGCGAAUCCCGGGAUCUUUGUGGUUUUGUGGAGUCGGUUUUGCUGGGAAAGAAAAAAAACAAACCCCGAGGAUUUGAAUACAGGGUACGGUAGAACUGUAGCAAUAUUUUCCUUAGAGGGAACACUGAAACUUUAGCAGCACAAACAGUACUUGUGUUAAUAUUUUAGCAAAAUUAUAAUCAAUUUAAAUGUUUAAAUUGAUUGUACGUGAGAUAAUGUUCGUUGGGUACAGUGUUAUUUUUUUCUAACUAUACUAUAACUGUUGCAGAGUUUCCGUGUAAGAGCUAAAGCUGUGUCUGCCUGCGGGACAUCCCUGCCCCGUGUGCCCCCCACGCUGAAUAUUCCACGCUCUGAAUGUCC